AACUGACUGACGUACACCUGACAGUUGUGACACUUGUUUUUGUGGUUAGAAAAAAGUUUUGCCGGUAAAACGAGUUUGAAAAAGUUGAAACGGAAGGCACGUGAAGUGAUAUAAUUAUCGAGUACGAUUUAAAAGGAACCAAUAAAACAAGCUGUGAUUAUACUUCAGAAAUCUUGAUUCUAGUCAAUGAACUACUAUGGGGGAUCUACACGUAAUUUGCCAUGAAAUCCCAAAACUCGAGUUGCACGCACAUUUAAACGGGUCCUUGACUGAAACAUGUUUGAAAAAAUUGAAAUGUCUAGACUCGUCAAUAAAAGGAUACCAAAGAAUGACAGAAGUCUUAAACAAAUCUCAAAGAAGUCUCUCUGAAUGUUUUGAAGUGUUUAAAAUAGCUCACAAUGCCACCAACAAUGUAGAAGCUGUUUUCGCAGCUACACAAUCUGUGAUCUCAGAUUUCCACAUGGACCAUGUUGUGUAUUUGGAGCUGCGAACCACACCCAGAGCUGGACAAGACAUGAGUAAGGAAGACUACAUAGCAGCAGUGGUGACGGCUAUCCUGGCAAACCCCUUAGAGAUCAUUGUAAAGCUGAUCCUAUCUAUUGAUAGACGAAAUAGCAUAGAACAGUCUCUUGAUAGCUUAAAUGUGAUAUUGAAGAUGAAAUUGAAGUAUCCUGAUGUGAUAGUAGGAAUAGAUUUUAGUGGCAAUCCUGCAGAAGGAGAAUUCAAUGAAGAUUUAUUUAAAAAAGCAAGAGAAGGUGGACUAAAAACAUCAAUACAUUGUGGAGAAAUUAGGAAUGAUGAGGAAAUAGAAAAGAUCUUGAAAUUUGGGCCUGAUAGGCUUGGGCAUGCAACAUUUUUGCAUCCUGAAUAUGAAGGCAAUCCGAACAACUGGAAAUUAUACCUUGAGAAAAAAAUUCCCGUAAGUGCUGCCUUACCUCUAAUGUGAUAUGUGGAACUACAAAGAGCUAUCCAGAACAUCACAUUCGUGAGUGGAUCAGGAAUUCUUUACCUCAUUGCAUAUGU